AUGUUCCCUGCUAUCAAGAAUGCUGGAACAGGCGCGUGGAGAAAUCCAGCCUCUCUAGAACACACAACAGUAUUUGAUCAUAAGGUUGCCGCAAAGACCGCUGAGGAUUUAUUAAGCAAACAUUCGGAGCAGCAAGCAAAGAAACGACCAAGAAUUGUUGCCUCUAACAAAACAGAUCAGUUAUUUGUUGAAGAUGGUAAGUCCUAAACAUAUUCGUUUAAUUCUAUUUUUUUCCCCUCAGUGAUAAUUAUUUCAAAAGAACCCUAACAGAAACGUGGGACUCCACCAAAAAAUACUUGUUGAAAUCACUAGUAAGUGCCUCCUAUAUUUGUGAUAAAAUAAAUAGGAGCAAAAGUUUACUCUUGUUUUUCUAUCCUACUUGCUGAUAAAAUCUCGAGUUCGCCGUCUAAUUGUUAUAUAAAAGCUGUUCGUUUAAUUACCGGCUACAGAGAGUAGUGUGGGGAGCGAUUUAGAAAAAGGGGCAAUUAGAGACAGUACUUUACCAAAUACAGUUAACGACAAAAAACAAAUAAACCUAGCAAAGUCUGGAUUAGCCGCGGCCAUAUGUGUAUUAAAGAUCCAGAGCCUAGUUUAAGUAAGGAACAAAUUAAAACGUUUGUAUUGUUUGCAUUCAUUUGUUGGUGUAAGGGAGGAAGCGUUCCGUCCAGUUUCUGCUGAUAAGAACAAAAGAAAAGAAUCAAUCGUCAUUCUUUGCGAGGAUAGUUAUUUUCAGGAUUUACUCAGGAGCAGGUAUCGAUUUACUAUCGGAACUAUACGUUAAUUUUACGAUUUCAUCCACAGACGCAAAUGGUAGAACCGUUUGGUACUGCAUAACAAAUAGCAUCACAUCAAAUAGUUCUGCUCGAUAGCUUUCAUUUGAUUUGUCACAUUUUUUAUUUUGAUGGAAUCCACAGACAUUUCGAAAUUCGGAGCACAUUACGGAACCUAGUGGAUCGUGUUCCAAAGGGGCUGAAGAUGCUGUUAAAAAGGAGUACUUGGCAGAAGCUGUUAACUUACGAUUUUUCUCGGCCUGGUUUUCCUUGACCUCACUAGGAACUUCUUCCUGCUGGCGGAGUUGAGAUUUUCUUUCAUCAGCUUUUGACGAAAUCGGGAUUUCUGUGUGGUUAUAGAAAUAAAAGGCAAUGCGAGAAAUUAGUGUUGUAAUAUAUAGCCUGAUCUGAAAUAUCGAAAGCCGAGUCAGAGGGAUGGAUUUCCUUAGCCUGCGUCGAAGACACUCUAAACCUUUUGUAUAGGACUAUACAAAUGGUUUUAAAAGACGAAAAUUGCGUGGGCAGGCUGCAACGCAGGCUAGGAUUUCCUCUCAUGGCCAAUGAAUCUGCUACCUUGUUCUCUCCACGGGCAUGCGUUCCGCCUUUUUUACUUACGAUUUUUCUGGGCCUGGUUUUCCUUGACCUCUCUAGAAGCUUCUUCCUGUUGGAGGAGUUCAGCUUUUCCUUCAUCUGCUUCUGAUGACAUCGGGUUUUCUGUGUGGUUAUAGAAAAUCAAAAGCGUGGAAUGUAAGAAAUUAGUGUUGAAAUAUAUAGCCUGUACGGUACAACACUCAGACAUUAUCCGCCUUCAGGCUUGAAAGAUCAGAAGUGAGAGAGAUAGAUUUCCUGUGAUGCGGGCCUAUGAGUCUACUACCUUGUUCUCUUUCUAGCUACAUGCAAGCGCUGUACCUGUUUUGAUGUUUUGCCCCCGAUUGCCUUAAUUUUAUGUCGUAGAAGAAGUGUGUUUUCUGGAUAUUUCUACCCCGUUUAAGCAAACUGAAGACAUUUCUUCAAAGAAAAUUUAAUUCUUUAUCGUAAACCAAAGAGCUCCUAAAUGAGCUUUCUGGGCCAGAACGCAGUUAGAACUUUGGAGCAACAGCCUCGGGCUCAAGACAAUUGCAUUAGCGUGAAUAUACUAGUCAAGAGUUUCACUAAUAACACAGAAAAUUAUUUUUGUUCCAGAAGACCAAGACCUUGGAAAUCAAAAGAAGCCAUUUGGCGUUCCAGAUGAAAUUGCCAUAAUAUUAGAACAACACCUCGACAAAAAUGAAGCUGACACUGAUGAAAAAAUUUGGCCCAUCAUUUGGGAUUUUGCUGGACAGGACAUCUAUCGUGCUAUGCAUCCGAUCUUUAUGUCCUCAGAUGACAUUUAUCUUCUCGUGUUUGAUCUUACAAAGAAAUUGAGUGAAAAAGCAGAAUGUCGAGUCAAUGUGGGACACAGAGAGCUUACUGCAACAGCCCUUAAUGGUGAGGACACCAAUUUAGAUCACUUAUUUAGGUGGAUGGACUUGAUUCACUCUUUAAAGAAGAAUUUUCAGAGCGAUGGUCUUUCGUAUCCUCCAGUCAUACUUGUCGGUACCCAUGCUGACUGUGUAGACGAUCCACGUCAAGCAAUUGAAUCUGUAGUAGAAGAGGAGUGUUCAAGUGUGUUCGAUAUAGACACUUAUUUACCACACAUCGCAGAUUGUCUACCGAUUGAUAACACAAAAUCUGGAAAGUCAACCGACCAGGAAGAAAUCAUUGAGUUGCGGAGAAAGAUCUUGGAGUUGGCUGAUACAAUGCCUCAUACAAAGAAAAAAAUCCCUUUGCAAUGGCAUCGUGUUGAGAAAGAAAUUUGCCAACCCGUCUGGCAACAAGAAAAGUAUCUUCUACUGGAAUCAUUUCGGGAAAAGAUGGUUUCACCCUACUGCACGUUUGAGGAUGAGGGCGACUUUGAUGAGCUUGUGUAUUUUUUGCAUGGCCGUGGAACAAUAGUGUACCAUGAGUAUGAACAUGAUAAAAAGAAAGGUCUGAUUGUCUUGAAUCCCCAGUGGUUAAGCCAUGUACUCUGUGAGAUUAUCAAAGUGAAACCAGAUGAUAAGGAACCUUGGAUAAUAAAAGAUCGCAAGAAAUUGGCAGAAAAAGGAGUUCUAUCAGUGAACGAUUAA